GGAUUUGAGGACACGUGGCUGGAUGAAGAUAACGUUGUGAAGAGCAUCAAGAUACCCCUAAUACCAGAGAACAGGGCGAUCGAGGUUACAUCGAACUUGGGAAUACUAUACCGUGUGCAAGACUUCCUCGUAGAUUCAGACUUGUCAGAUGGCCAAUCCCAGCUAGGCUUGUAUUUAGAGACAGAGAAUGGAACAAGCAUCAAAAUUCUUAAGUACAUCGAAUACACUGGACCUGGUGAAGUCAUCAAACCAGAGCCAUUGGAGGAAGAGGGAACUGAGAGACCACCACCCAAAGCUGUUACUUUCCACCGCCAAGAAGUGACGGAUAAGCCGAUCGUUGUAGUACCCCCGGUAAUAGAGGCACUUUUGAAUAACAACACAAUUUUCAAUUUCAUGACUCCAUCAGAGGAAGAUAAGGAUGAAAGCGAAGACGAUGAUAAGGAGGAAGAAACAUUGAAUACUUUUAAACCUCAGUUGAAUGAUGCCGUGCUGCCUGUAAAGUCAGUCAAGGUAAAGGAAAAAGAAUACACGGAGAACAGAGAGAAGCCUAAUCUACUUGGCUACUUUACAUAUAAUGGGUUUUUCGACAUAGGUGUUUCGAAAAGCAAAAUAAAAAAGAAGAAGAAUUCGGAGCAGGUUGAAUCUAAAACAGAAGAAAUUGAAGAACAACCGAUGAACCAAGGCAUUGAUCAAGACUCUUUUGUUGAGGCCAUAAAGGCAUUUCAGAGAUUUAAUGGAUUUCCGGAGACCGGUGAAAUAUCAGAAAAAGAAGCUGAAGUUAUGACGUCUGAAAGGUGUGGAAACCGUGACACUUCCUUCAAGGACGAGAUGGGAACGUUCAAAUGUGAAGAGGGAGAGGGUGUGAUUGAAAGUGAUAGCAAUUCAAGAGACCCCUGCAUUCUUGAUAAUGAUAGUGUGUUGAACAUUUGCACUCAAUAUCCAAAUAGAUUGGCUGAUGGAACCAGAAAUGAAAUUUGGGAAAACAAUGACAACUAUUAUUUUGAGUUUGACGUCGAGUUUGGUGCAAAAAGCAAAUCACAGUCUCAUAUAGGAAUCGCCUUUAACCACAAUCAAGUAACUCAUCAAUCCAUCUACGUGAUGGUAAAUCACGAGCGUCAAAACGAACGACUUUCCUUUAGAUAUGGAAUUUAUACUCGAGGACGUAGAAAGGGUGCUGGCAGAAAACCACCCUACGUAUAUUUUGACCAUGAUCAAAGAAUUGCUCAUCGUUUUAAGAUUAGACUGACUGUCAAACCAGAAAAAGCAUCCAUCGCAGUUAAUGGAAAAAGAGUGUUCGAGUUUGCCACAAAUUUGGACGCAGAUUCUUCAGUCGUCUUGUUCACGCUGGGAGGCUCGAAUUACCUAAAUCACAAGAUAAAGAUUCUAACAUCCAGGAUAUGUACUAGGAACCAGGACCACGUAUCAAACACAGGAGGAAGAGCCAAGCGGUACGCUUUGUCUAAUUUCAGAUGGUAUCCUAAUGGAAAAUCAAUAACUUACACCUUUCUCAACCACAGCUCAAAUCUAGGAGAGGAGCUUACUCGAAGAGAAGUUAUCAGAGCAAUCGAGGUGUACGCAGGAAAUGGAAUCGAGUUUCAAGAAGCAAAUCCAUCAGACGUCCAUAGCACUGACAUUAUUUUCAUGUUCAUGAACGAUAAUCGGCACGCUGAUGGUAGGGUGUUUCACGGUGCUGGUGUUGAAAAGGCCCACGCGUUUGUCCCAGUCAAUGGAGAAAUUCAUUUCAACAACUUUGAGACUUAUUCCGUGAAAAAACAAGACGCAGGGAAAACAAGUUUGUUUUACGUCGCUCUCCACGAAAUUGGUCAUGCUCUAGGUCUAAAACAUUCGUCGCUUCAUGAUGCCGUCAUGAACGAAAAGUACGAACACGAAAAAGCUUACAAUGUGGUAGCACUUGAUGAGGAUGACAUUGAUGCUAUUUCAGUGCAGUACGGAGACGAAGUAAAACAACGGUUAGGGUCAGCUAUUCCACUCCAUUCGACCAGUCUUGACUAUGAAGAUAUUAAGGGGCUCGCUGAAACUGUUCAAUACGGUGCCCGACUGCCUUACCCCAGUAACUGCCUUGAUUCUAUCGAUGCAGCUUUAUACUUCUACGACAGGAAGAUCUCUCCACAAAACGACAAAAUAUUCCUCAUCUCGCACGGUUAUACUUGGAUGUACGAUGCAACAUCAUUAGCUAUGCAAGGUGGCUAUCCAAAACGAACAGCCGAGGUCUUUCAAGGGGCCACUGGUGUAGUUGAUGCUGCGUUUGAUACAGGGAAAUUCGUUGUUCUCAUCAUUAAAGACAAGGUAUUGAUUUACGAAUGGGACAUGGUCCUUUUCCCCCGCCAAACAGCAACCUUGUCGUCAUACUUCAACCUUCCUGCCGGUACCAGGGUAAAAUCUGCUUUCAACCACUACAAGGGACCGUGUAAAAGUAACAAGGACAUCUGCGCUAAAACAACGCUCGUCGUGUCUCCUACGAAACAUUAUAUAGUGACAUGGACCCGAAAGGGUCGUCAAGUCAAGACCACAACAGUUGGAAAUGGAAAAGAUGUUAUUGGUCAAGAAAUGGGGGAUAGCCAGUUUCAGGCGGCAUAUGAGUACAUGAGGACACGAGGGGACACCGAGGAAAAGGAAGUUAUGAUAUUUGAUAAUAACAAGGCUGCGAUAAGCAGAGUUUACUAUCCGGGAGACGAUUAUAAACUUCGAACAGGUUGGGUGAGCACACCAGAUUUCUUCAGAAUUUUCGGAUGGUGUGUUGCUUAAACAGUAUUAGCCAUUAAAUCGUGGAAAAUUGGGAAAGACUAUAUAAUAGUAAAACUAUAUUAUGCAUGAACAGCAUGAUCAAUGAUAUGUGAUAAGAAUUUUAUGAACAGUUUGUAAUUUAUUAUACUUACUCAAUCUCUUGAAACCCUCAUUUGGGAUAUUUAUAACAAUAAGAACAAUUACUGAUAAUGUUACUAUUUUAGAUCUUAUAGUUAUACAAAUAUUUUGUCUUGAGUGUGCUUAAUCACUUUACACUGUACAAUCGAAUGUCGGGAUUUUUCUAAACGGGCCCCUGGCAAGUGAAACCGAGCGUGCUAAAUCACUCUACAGUCGAUCUUCGAGAUUGUUCUAAAAGGGCCCCGACAGUUGAAACCAACUUCAAUCGAUGUAUUUUCGGACGCUGAUUCCGAAUCACCCCCUAUGACAUAGGGUUAAAAUGCUCCCCUGACGAGAUAUUGGUGAAAAACUGUCUCGAUCACGUGAUAUGACCGUAUAAGGAAGUUAGUCCAAUUUCUCGUUAGGGUUAGGGUUUCAGCGUAUGCUUUUAUUAAGGAUUGGGUUAGGGUUAGGGUUGGGAUCAGAUUAGAGGGUUAGGGUUUCGAAUAGUCGUUCAGGACCAGCUAGGGAACGAGUAGAAAAAGUCACGUGACAGUCGAGUGUAGAGUGAUUAAUCAUCAUCCAAGUGAAACCAUUCGGGUUCGACAUUUUUCUUAUCUGUUAACGCUUAUUCCGAAUCACCAAACAGGACAUUUGCAUUCAUCGGAGCCAAAUAGAAAAUGUUUUAAAGUUAGUAACGUGAUAACAAGUGUAAAAUGAUUAAUUAUUAUAUUGAUCAUCCCAGAUCACAGAUCGCUAAAUUCAGAGAUCAAAAAUGUCGAGCACUUAAGUUGCUGUUAUUAUUACUAUUAGGCAAUUUGUUAAUUUAACUGUUAACAGGCGGGAUCAGAUUCGUUU